AGCAGGCUAGGCGGUGAUGGCGGCUACAGUGGUGACGGCGGCAGCGGCGGCCUUGGCGCCGGCGCCGAGCAUAGAUGGCGCCUCCUCGGUACACUGGUUCCGCAAGGGGCUGCGACUCCACGACAACCCGGCGCUGCUGGCGGCCGUGCGCGGGGCGCGCUGCGUGCGCUGCGUUUACAUCCUCGACCCUUGGUUCGCGGCCUCCUCUUCAGUCGGGAUCAACCGAUGGAGGUUUCUGCUUCAGUCUCUGGAAGAUUUGGACAGAAGUUUAAGGAAACUAAACUCCCGCCUGUUUGUAGUCCGGGGCCAGCCUGCUGACGUGUUCCCAAGGCUGUUCAAGGAAUGGGGGGUGACUCGCCUGACCUUCGAAUAUGACUCCGAACCCUUUGGGAAAGAACGGGAUGCAGCCAUCAUGAAGAUGGCCAAGGAGGCUGGUGUGGAGGUGGUGACUGAGAACUCUCAUACCCUCUAUGACCUAGACAGGAUCAUUGAGCUGAACGGGCAAAAGCCACCCCUUACCUACAAGCGCUUUCAGGCCAUCAUCAGCCGCAUGGAGCUCCCCAAGAAGCCGGUGGGCUCGGUGACCAGCCAGCAGAUGGAGAGCUGCAGGGCCGAAAUCCAGGAGAACCAUGACGAAACCUAUGGUGUGCCCUCCCUGGAGGAGCUGGGGUUCCCCACUGAAGGACUUGGUCCAGCUGUCUGGCAAGGAGGAGAGACAGAAGCUAUGGCCCGCCUGGAUAAGCACUUGGAACGGAAGGCUUGGGUUGCCAACUAUGAGAGACCCCGAAUGAAUGCCAACUCCCUCCUGGCCAGCCCCACAGGCCUCAGCCCCUACCUGCGCUUCGGUUGCCUCUCCUGCCGCCUGUUCUACUACCGCCUGUGGGACCUAUAUAAAAAGGUGAAACGGAACAGUACACCCCCUCUUUCCCUGUUUGGGCAACUCCUGUGGCGAGAAUUCUUCUACACAGCAGCCACCAACAACCCCAGGUUUGACCGCAUGGAGGGGAACCCCAUCUGCAUCCAGAUUCCCUGGGACCGCAACCCAGAGGCCCUGGCCAAGUGGGCCGAGGGCAAAACAGGCUUCCCUUGGAUUGAUGCCAUCAUGACCCAACUGAGGCAGGAGGGCUGGAUCCACCAUCUGGCCCGGCAUGCCGUGGCCUGCUUCCUCACCCGUGGGGACCUCUGGGUCAGCUGGGAGAGCGGGGUCCGGGUAUUUGACGAGCUGCUCCUGGAUGCAGACUUCAGCGUGAAUGCAGGCAGCUGGAUGUGGCUGUCCUGCAGUGCUUUCUUCCAGCAGUUCUUCCACUGCUACUGCCCCGUGGGCUUUGGCCGCCGCACAGACCCCAGUGGAGACUACAUCAGGCGAUACCUGCCCAAACUGAAAGGGUUCCCCUCUCGCUACAUCUACGAGCCCUGGAAUGCACCCGAGUCAAUUCAGAAGGCAGCCAAGUGCAUCAUUGGCGUGGACUACCCACGGCCCAUCGUCAACCAUGCCGAGACCAGCCGGCUCAACAUUGAGCGAAUGAAGCAGAUCUACCAGCAGCUCUCCCGCUACCGGGGGCUCUGUCUCCUGGCGUCUGUCCCUUCCUGUGCGGAAGACCUCAGUAACCCUGUGGCUGAGCCCAGCUUGAGCCAGGCUGGGAGCAUGAGCAGUGCAGGCCCAAGACCACUACCCAGUGGCCCAGCGUCCCCCAAACGCAAGCUGGAAGCAGCUGAGGAGCCACCUGGUGAAGAACUCAGCAAACGGGCCAGGGUGGCCAAGUUGCCCAGCCCAGAACUGCCGAGCAAGGAUGUCUGAGACUGCAGAGCCGCUGCUCCGUGAGCCAAGCCUGGGUGCCAGGGCAGCCACUGUGGCAGCAGAGUGCAACCUGCGGGCAAGCCGACACUGACAGAGCUCGCGAGGACGUGUGUGCGUGUGUUGUGUGUGCCUGUGCAGGGGAAGUGGUGUGCCUGUUUGCGUGUGCAUGCAUUUCUUUACACUCUGUGACUCUGAAUGCUGCCUGGGCUGGAGCCGUCCCUGUAGCAUGCUUCACUUCGAGUGCUUUGCCCACCUCUGGACACAAGGCCAGAGGUCACAGCUGAGACCUCUCCCUGCCAGCCAAUGGCCUGGUCUGAGCGGAACAUAGUGGUAGGACCUUAGCUGGUCCCAGCCCGCCCUCCUCACAUCAGGCCAAGGAGCAGAAGGGCAACAUUUUUGACUCUUGCCAAGAGUAUGGGAUUCUAGAUGCAGCCAGAGCCCGCGCCGAGUUCUGCAUUUUGACCGUGGAGGCUGAGCAGACUGGAGUGGAUGGAUGCUGUCCAGACUUAGCCACCUGGCCUGGUAUCUUCCUCAACAUAAAACCCCCUGCCCUCAUCCUCCAGACCAUUCCUCAGGUACAUGGGACUGAGCACAAGGCUGUGGACAGAUGAUGGCUCUGAAAAGUUUCCACCAACCACCAUACGGAAGGACACCCAGAUAUCUAACUGGUAAUAUGUGCACAGACUAUAGCUAGCAGCCUCAGCCAGCACGUCUGUCUUUUCAGAGCUGAGAGCCGACAGUUAGGAAGAGGAUCCCAGCUCUGUACUUCCUUGGAAGCUGAGAGCCAGCCUGGAGCUUAUCCAGGAGCUGUGGAGGGCAGGGGCAGACUUGGCUCCUCCACAAGGCAUAAAGCCCCAGGCCCUCUGGCCACACUCCGAGGCCACAGUGCCACCAGUUGAGGACAGCUGACCCCCAGCCAGGAGGCCAUUCUGGUCUUUGUUCUGGAGGCUUCCAGGGCCUGCCCUGCACUGGGUAGCCUCCAAGCUGCCACGUCAGCUGUCCCAGUAGCUGGACUCCGAGAACCCAGGCAAAUAGACUCAGGGGACUGCCAGAGGCAGUUGGCAGAGGUCAAAGGAGAGAUCAUACCCAGCACACCAACCCUUCCCGAAGCAUCAGGUGGGAGGUUUGACCCAGAGAACCCAAGCCUCGCAUUCCGGGGGUGGCCUGUGCCACCCACCUCUCCCCUCCUGCUGUCGAAGGCCUGUGUUGAGAAACACUGAAUGAAAGAAGGACUGUCGUCAAGUGGAGCAAGUCUUCCUUCCACGCUGUGGCCUGCACUUGAGCCACAAAGUUCAUGUGUGUGUCUGUGUGUGUGCACGUGUGUGUGCGCGCACACACGCGUCCGUGUGCUCGUGUAGCUGAGAGGCUGAUUCCUCUUUGGGUUUUUGUCCUCACGUGUAACAUUAAGCUGGCCUCUUGGCCUUCUUCUCUCUACCUCCCCUGUGACCUUUCCUAGCCUUAUAGCUGUUAAUGCCCUUGGCCCCAGCCCUGUCCCUCACUGUCCUCUGUCCUCAGACCAGAGCCCUGGGGUCACGCCCCUGUCUCCUACAGCUGUCCAGCACAUUGAAGGCUUCUUCCUGAGAGGUCCUCGGUUUUCUCAGCCAGAGAGCUGCCAUUAGAUUCCAACUGUUGAGUGUCAUCUUCACUAGAAAUGUCCCGUAAUCGUGUGGGGAGAGCAGGGCACACACAUGGUAUGUAUUCAGAGCACUAGGCUGGGGGCUUCCCUGUUCCCUCAGCCCCAGCCAGGGGGAAAGAGAAUCAGGGGCUAUUGCCAGAAGAGGAGUAGAGUGAGCCUGGAAGGGCUAAUCUGAGACACACAGAAGGCCCGAGGGCUUAGAGCCAAAUUCAGUAUUUAGCAGCACCUUCAAACAUCAGGAUGGUUCCCUUUUCCUGCCAAUGUGAUGGUGGCUCUCUCCCUUAAGGCACAAGUUGGCAGGACCACCCCCUCUCCUUCUUUACCCUCCCUGGCAUGCUGGCCCACCCCCAGGACAACCUCGCAGUGGAAUGGAGCAGUCCACCCCUGGAGCCAGAGGGGCAGGGCAGGAGAGGGUAUGGCCACUGGCCUGGAGCUCCACCAGGGCCUCACGCCUCCCCUUCUCUAGCCCAGGCGGCCCUGGGGGUGCUGCAGAGUGAUAGAAACCCUGAUCCAAGGGCCAGCAUGGGGAAGAGCCAGUCGCAGGCAAAAUGCACUUUUAUACAGAGAUUUUCUAUUGCUGAGAAGGUGUGUUUCUCCCGCAGUUUGUUUGUGAAUAUGCACUUGUUUUAUAAACAUCCGAUCCUGUUAAAGCAAAGCUGUGCUGUCGUCAGUCUUGUGGGAGGUCUGAGGACCGGGGUUUGUAAGACUGAGCCUGGCUGAGGCUUUAGCCAGACCGUCUUGGUCCUGUUGAAGCCAGGAGCCUCUCGCCCCUCCUUGGUCCCAGGUGAGCAGCCCAGCAGACUAAUGACAGCUCCAGGGCCGGGCACUCAGAG